AAUAGUCAACACUUCCGUAUUGCACAUGUCUACGGGAGAAAGGAGCAAUGUCCACCGAGUUUAGUCGCAAUAAGUUUGUUGAUUGAACGUGUAACGACUACUGUUGUACUGAACAUACAUUUUUUGGACAGGCGGUAACCAUGGCUUCCCGAGCUGGACCUCGAGCUACUGGCACAGAUGGAAGUGACUUUCAGCACCGCGAGAGAGUGGCCUCACACUACCAGAUGAGUGUCGCCCUCAAGUCCGAGAUCCGUAAACUGAACAUCGUCCAUGUUCUGAUCUGGCUCCUCUUAGCUGCCCAGGUGACAGUGAACCAGCUGAACCUAGUGUCCCACAGUGUGGUGGCUGCUCCCUACCAGUGGCAGUACCCCUACCUGCUGAGUAUCAUCCCCUCCCUCUUCAGCUUCAUGGCCCUGCCCAAAAACAACAUCAGCUACCUGGUGAUCUCCAUGAUCAGUGCUGGUCUCUUCUGCAUAGCGCCGCUCAUCUACGGGGGUAUGGAGAUGUUCCCGGUGGCCCAGCAGCUGUACCGCCACGGCAAGGCCUACCGCUUCAUCUUCGGCUUCUCUGCCGUGUCCGUCAUGUACCUGGUGAUGGUGAUCGCGGUGCAGGUGCAUGGCUGGCAGAUCUACUACAGCAAGAAGCUGCUGGACGCCUGGUUCACCUCCACACAAGACAAGAAGAAGAAAUGAGGACAGAGGACUAAAUUAUUUAAACAACUGACAAGGAAUGACUAUUGCUGCCUGCCACUGUCUGACACCACUUCUAGGCCCAUCUUCCAUCUAUAUUUGAAUUCUACAUCCCCAUCUCGCCAUCCCUAAUUGAUAGUUGUAGGACUAAUUGGAAUACUCAGCAGGCUGUCCUGUCGUCUUCCUGGUAACCCUCUAACCUCCAUUAUCUCAUCUCCUGGCUCUGGAGCCUGUGGACAGAUUAAGACUUGAGUUGUCUGAGACUCCAGGGUUUAAUGUUGACCUGUCCUGCUGCCUUUAGAAACCCAUCCUCUUUAUAUCUCAUCCUGAUCUAUGGAGCUGGCUGCCAUAAUCUGUCCCCCAAAGGAUAGUGCGCUAGCUACCUCCAGUCUUAGCCAUAUGUUCCAAUUAUCUCUCCUUCCUCCACAAGUUGGCACUUGUUCACUGAUUUGAAAGGAAAUGACUGGAAUAAUAAAUAUGGUAGAAACUCCCACUAGAACAGUGAUGGACAACUUUGAUGGGGGUGGGGACCACAAGACAUCUGAACUCAUCAUGAGGGGCCGCAGUGGCUCGCGGGUCUACCUAACCUUGGGGCGACAGGUAGACUAGUGGUUAGAGCGUUGGACUAGUAACCGAAAGGUUGCAAGAUCGAAUCCCCGAGCUGACAAGGUAAAAAUCUGUUGUUCUGCCCCUGAACA